AACCUGUAAGUGAAAUUCAUGUCCGAUGUGACUUGGACUUGGACACUGGUAUUGCUCAAGAUGGCGGCGAUAUGAAAACAUCAAACUGUCAACACUACAGACAUCUUUAUGACAUACAAGUCACCGAAACCCUUCUGGGCCUUAAAUAAAACAAACAUGGCGGCGAACAUCACCACGGAUACGUACCUCAUGAACAUCAGUCUCGUCCCCGCUGUCAUGCUCGCCAACGACGACACGGGAAAUGACGUCAUGAGCGGGCUGCACAACAGAAGCUGCGUGUCGAACACGACGGAAGAGUACGAGAACUUCUACACGACUGCGCAGUACGUCACUGGCCUGGUAAUCUACCCGAUCCUGUGCGUGGUGGGCAUCACGGGCAACACGCUGGCUCUGAUCGUGCUCAACCACAGACACAUGGCUACCUCGACCAACGUCUACCUGUCCGCCCUGACCGUCUCCGAAACCAUCAAGCUCUUCAACGACCUCAUGUACUUCAUCAUGCUCGCGCUCUCCUUCAACCACCCCGACGUCAGCAAGACCAUGGUGAUGACGUACUACCCGAUGGCUCACUACAUAUUUAACAUGGCGGUGUGCAUCACCGCCUGGUUGACGGUUUCCGUGGCGAUGGAGCGAUACAUAUCCGUCUGCCAUAUAUCGAGAGCCAAACAGCUAUGCACAAUUUCCCGCGCAAGGAUUAUAUGCACCACCGUUUACAUAACGAUGAUUCUCCUGUCGCUGCCUUCGCUGUUCAGAUACAAGGUCGUGUCGGUGUACGACGCCGCCAAUAACGUCUCGUGCAACGAAAUAGUCCUCACGGAACUGGGCGCCAACAACGCGUUCAUCGUACCUUACUCUUGGAUCCAGAAUUCCGUGCGCUGCAUCAUACCCCUGGUGGUUCUCGUUUACCUCAACGUGCGCAUCAUUAACGAGCUGCGCAAAGAGCGCGUCAAGGGCAAGAAGCUGUCCUCGCGCAACCGGAUCACGCUCAUGCUGAUCAUCAUCACACUGGUUUUCGUGGUGUGUAUAAUGCCGGACGCCGUCAUGUCGACGUUUUUCGGAAAGGGUUACGCCGAGGAAGGCUACCGAACGAAGGCUAUCCGAGAGAUCACGGACUCUCUGCUGGCUGUCAACUCGGCCAUCACCUUCAUGCUGUACUGUCUCCUCAGUCAGACGUUCAGGUCGACGUUCAUCGUCAUCUUCUGCCCGCAGCAGCAAAACGUGCUGUUUCCCGCCAGAAACGGAAUGCAUAAAGCCGGACCUCUGUUGAGACGGAACUCGGCGGACGAACUCGACCGUAACGGUUACGAAAAGGAAACAGUGGUGUAGGAAACAGUGGUGUGGGUGUGGAUGCGGGUAAUUUUAUUUAUUUUUUUACACAAACUUCCAUCAGAAAACUGUUCAAGCACGCCUGUUGUGGACACAACAUCUGACUUCACCAGAGAGUUCUGUAGGCUGUAAGGUCAUCACAUAGGGCUUAAUGUGCGUUUUAGAGAACGCCUGUGUGGGGUACAGGGAACAGGCUGUGUCAUGCCUUGCCUUAAGUACAUCAGAGGUAGAAACAUGAACCAGAAAAAAUGAAUCAGAGCAUCAGGCGCGGAUCCAGGGGUUUGUGAAAGAGGGAGGGGCGACGCCUAGCCUCCCACCACCGCGCGAACUCCGCGCCUGAGUCUAGUAAUGUUUGGUCUUGUUUGGGACAUCUGGACAAAAGGGAACUUUUAAAAAGGAAGGCGAUGGGACUCAAGGUCGGUCCCGGGAAAGAUUUUAGCGAGGUUACACCUCCCUGAAAUGGGCAGUUCAAUAAAAUAAAAAUUUAAAAAGGUAAACAAAACAUUGUUAAAAACGUGGCAGUUUAAUUUCUUUAGAAUGGACAGGUCCACUCCAAUUAAAGCUUAUGAUAAGAUGUAAUUGAUUUCAUACAUAAAGACAUGUAUAGUCAAAGUAGUUAUACCAUAGACCACAAUUCACCAAACUAUCGCAACUUUACGAUCACAG